AUGUAUUCCAUAUCAUCGAUUUGCUCCAGAAUUCAGAGGGUGUGUCUUCCAUAUCAUCGAUUUGACGUCAUGGUUGCAAGGGUUCGAUUAUUUGUGACUGUCGAUGGGUAUGAGGCGUAUUAUGGUGAUUGUGUUGCCACGAUUACUGGGUUGGAUGCAGAUAGGCUAGGUUAUUUUGACAUUGAAGAUGAAAUAACGAAGUUGGGAUAUGAAAACUGGGGUAGAAUAUGUUAUAAGCAUCGGACAACACGUGAAUUUAAAGAUAUAACAGAUGAUGCUGGUGUUAUGGACUGUUUGGGUCAAAUGCAGGGAAACAAAAGAUAUGUUGAAAUAUAUGUGCAAACUGAACAUUUAAAGAAACCGUGUGGGGUUGUUGUGUGUCAACAAGAAAAUGGAUCUAGGAAUAGGGUAUCUGAAGUUGCUGAGGUAGACCAAGCAAAGGAUACUAGUGAGAAGCUGUCAUAUCGGCAUAAUUGCACUCAUAUCGACACAAAACAUAAUCAAAACACCAAAUUGCAACAGGAAAUCGAACUCACCUCUGUGUUGAUGCAACGUCGAAAUCGACGACAAGGAUUGAGGUCGGUAUUUGAUGUGAAUAUACUUGGUUCGUCUCCACAGCCACAUUCUAAUUUGAAUAUCCUUGAAUUUGAGCUCGAACUUGCCGACAUUUCAGCGCAAAAUUGGGGCGAUUUGGUUCUCGUUCAAACACACACUUACACAUACUCGUUUCCACCGUUGCCUACCAUCUCCGGAAAGCCGUCCCGUCGCCGUCGCGUUCCUCCUCUGCCGGCGUCCUAUUUCUGCUCCGACGGAAUCGAAGCCAUCCCGUCGCCGUCGAGUUCCUCCUCUGUCGGCGUCCUGUUUCUGCUCCGACAGAAUCGAAGUCGUGCCGUCGCCAUCGCGUUCCUCCUCUGCCCGCGUCCUGUUUCUGCUCCGACCACCACCGUUUUUCAUUUCACACUCGGCACACAUAUUACACACACACACACACAGCAUGCCCAUAGCCUAAAACCACUGCUCGUCGCCGCCGACAGGGACUUCACACCGGCGCACCGCCCCAGCGCCACCGACAGCCACCGCCCAAUCCCGCAACCCACACCCGCCACCCGCCAUUGCCGGUCCAACAUCAUUACCGCCGUCAAUUGCCGACGAAUUCAUCCCAUUUGCUUCUGUCGGCGAGUUGUCUCCGGCACGCAGUCCUUCUCUCCGGCCUCCGAUGACGAGCACGACCUUCAAAAUUUCCGACCCGAUUUCAGCCAAUCAGUAGAGGAGCAGACCCGAUGCAUCUCCGGCGAGCAGCGGCACGUCCUGUCCAGCUGGGCGGUUCAGGGAAGCAUACACGGCGGCUGA